AUAGGUAAGAGAAGAUUCAUAUAACUUACAUGCCGUGUUAGGACUCUCUCUCUCUCUCUCUCUCUCUUUCUCUUCGCUCUCUUCUUCUCCCUUCUUGCUCGAUCAUCGAUUCUUAGUUUCUUGGUCCCCAUUGCGCGUGGGAUCAUUGACGACGACUCGGCGCGGCGGCGGUCGGUAGCGGAGGCGUAAUAUCGCCGAUCCAUGGCGCCGCAGUGGAGCAGAGGUCAUCUCCCGGGCGGCAUGAUGUCGCGGGAUGUUGCGGAGAUCGUUCUCAGCCCCAGGCUGAGCGGCGAGAGCAAGACGCCCGUCUACCGGCGGUCGAUCUCCACCAAGCGGAUGCAGGUUGAUCCCUUCCACGCUUUGGCCACGAGCAUUUUCCAGAGCGAUGCCAAGGAUUCCAGCUGCGCGGCCGCCAGAGCGUGGAGGAAAUCCUUGCUGGGACUCAUCGGCCUGCUCUUGAUCGUUCUUGCCCUAGCCAAGAUUUUGUCUGUGGAGUGGCUGGGGGGAGAUUUCGAUCAGCUCUUGUUAACGAAGCCAGCCGAGUCCUACCAGCGAGCGAUGAUCGAAAGCACAAUCACGAAAGUGUCUCAUGUCGAGAGGAAGCUCUACAACUCCUUGUGGGCGAAUCCAGACUCCUCAAAGUACGAGCAAUGCAUAGCACGAUCCAAGAAAUCUCGAAAGGCUGGAGCAGCUACAAAUGGUUAUCUUCGGGUAAACGCGAAUGGUGGCCUCAAUCAGAUGAGAACCGGGAUAUGCGACAUGGUUGCUGUAGCCAGGAUCAUGAAUGCCACUUUAGUCAUGCCUACACUUGAUCACAGCUCCUUCUGGGAGGAUCCAAGUGAAUUCGCGGACAUUUUUGACAUCGAUCACUUCAUAGAGACCUUGAAAGACGAUGUACAAAUUGUGAAAGCUCUUCCUUCCCAUUUGGAGAGCGCCGAGCCAGUCAAGAAAGCUCCCGUAUCAUGGUCGAAGGCAUCUUACUACAAAGAGGAGAUUCUUCCCUUGCUCAAGAAGCACAAGGUUGUCUACUUCACCCAUGCGGAUUCACGUCUAGCGAACAAUGAUAUUCCUAACAGUGUACAACAACUUCGCUGCCGAGCAAAUUAUCGAGCUCUGAAGUACGCCAAGCCAAUUCAAAGGUUGGGACAAGUUCUUGUUGAGCGGAUGCGAGAUAAAGGGCCGUAUAUAGCUCUCCACUUGAGAUACGAAAAGGACAUGUUGGCAUUCACGGGUUGUUCGCACGGGCUAACAGCCGAUGAAGCGAACGUGUUACGUGAUAUGCGUUACAGCACUAAGCACUGGAAAGAAAAGGAGAUUGCUGCGGAAGAAAAACGGAUGGAAGGAGGUUGCCCUCUGACACCUCACGAAGCUGCUCUUCUACUGAAAGGCUUGGGAUAUCCGGCAUCCACCAACAUUUACAUUGCGGCAGGCGAAAGUUUCGGAAACAACAGUAUGAAAGCUUUCCAAAGCGUGUAUCCAAACGUUUACACCCAUUCAACUCUUGCAACGGAGCAGGAGUUGGCGGAGUUCAAGGGCUUUCAAAACAGAAUCGCAGGCCUGGACUAUAUCAUGGCAUUGGAGAGCGAUACCUUCGUUUAUACAUACGACGGAAACAUGGCCAAGGCUGUUCAGGGGCACAGGAGGUUUGAGGGACACAGGAAAACGAUCAGUCCGGACCGACAAAGUGUAGUAACUCUCGUGGAUGAUUACGAAACAGGAAAUCUCUCGUGGGACAAUUUCGCAGCAGAAAUCAGAAGAGUGCAUCACAAGAAAAUAGGUGCUCCAUCGUACAGGGAAUCCGGUGAAUCUCCGAAGUGGGAAGAAAACUUCUACGCAAAUCCGAAUCCAGGCUGCAUUUGUCAGUCAAAGAAAACGAGCAGCAGAAGGCUACUUACAAGACAGCAAAAACAAUUAUGAGAACGCGUGUACAGCGAAGGCUUUUGGUUAGUACCGGGGAUCAUUUUGUACAGUCCGGAAAUAAUGCCGCUUAAGUCGAGGCUCUUCGACGACGAC